AUGGCUUCAACAUCAUGGUACCUAAGCGAAGAGCGUCAUGGUCCAUUGGCGUUGCUAUACCUGCUUAGCUCUAGAAAAUAUGCGAUUGAUGGAAUGCUCGUCGCGCAGGCCAAACUGGAACGACCCCUUGCCAAGAUCCGAGCCGGAGCUAGCUAG